CGGGCACAACAUUGCGGUACGGUGGUGAUGUGGUUGAUUAUUUAUUUACUUUAAAACAUUAUUUAUAAGAACACCGCUAUUAACGGUGUAAAGUUAAAAAGGCAAUAAAAAUAUAGUGAGCGUGAAAUUCUAGCUUUAUUUAUAAAGCUUUUAAAUAAACAUGAAAGAUCGUCAAUCAGAUUUGUGUUCGAAAUAUAUAAAAAUCUUUAUUGUUGUUUCUUGUUACUGGAUAGUAUCAAUUGCAACAGUUUUUGUAAAUAAGAGUCUGUUAAGCAGUCAAUCUGUUAAUUUGGAAGCUCCCUUGUUUAUAACAUGGUUUCAAUGUGUAGUUUCAUUUACAAUAUGUUUUACAUUGAGCAAAACAGGAGGUAUUCCUGGUAUAUUCAGUUUUCCAAAAGGUACACCAUGGUCUAAAGAUAUUGUUGGAAAAGUAAUCCCGUUAUCUAUAAUGUUUACAUUGAUGAUAGCAACAAAUAAUCUCUGCUUGAAAUAUGUUGGAGUACCAUUUUACUACAUAGGAAGGUCUCUGACUACAGUAUUUAAUGUUAUAUUUAGUUGGAUUUUAUUGAGACAAGUUACAUCAUACAGAUGUGUACUUUGCUGUGGUUUCAUCAUAUUUGGAUUCUAUCUCGGUGUUGAUCAGGAGAACUUACUUGGUUCAUUUUCAUUAAUUGGAACAAUAUAUGGAGUCGUUGGCUCCCUCAUGUUGUCUCUAUACUCCAUUUACACAAAAAAAAUCUUACCGAUUGUGAACCAAGAAGUAUGGUUAUUAUCUUAUUAUAAUAAUGCAUACUCAAUUAUUUUAUUUUUACCACUGAUAGUUAUAAAUGGAGAAGUGACUGUUUUGUUGAAUUAUAAUAAUUUUAAUAGCACUUAUUUCUGGAUACAAAUGGUUAUCGGUGGAUUCUGUGGAUUUGCUAUUGGCUAUGUGACAUCAUUGCAAAUUAAGGUCACGUCACCCUUGACUCAUAAUAUAUCGGGAACAGCGAAGGCAUGCGCUCAAACAGUGAUAGCAACUCAGUGGUAUAAUGAAACCAAGAAUGGUCUCUGGUGGAUGUCAAAUAUAAUAGUGCUAGCGAGCAGCGCAUUGUAUGCAAGGUUUAAACAAGUUGAAAUGGAAGAGAAUUCUAGAAAACCAAUUCCAGAAGAAAGAAAGAGCUUAGUGUAACUGGAUAAUGAUGUUAGUAAUAGUAUAACGAAUUAAACAAAAUAAUUAUAGACAUACCAAAGUCGUAAUUAAAUUAAAUAUAUUGUUAUAAUACAAAUUACUUUAAGUAUAAUAAAUGUGUUAUAGUAUUAAUAUUAAGAAUAUAAAUACCUAUUUAUCCUGCACAAA